AUGACCAUCACCGGUAAGACCAUCUCUCUUCAAGUUAAAGAACUAGACACCAUUCGCACCAUUAAACUCCAGACUGAGGCUAAGGAAGGUAUUCCGUGUCGCCAGCAGGAACUCAUCUUAAAUGAAAUGCUUCUUCAGGACACCGUCACCAUUGGAGACUUGCGCAUAGAGAAGGGAUCUACCCUCAAACUUCUGCGCAACUCAAAGAUGAGUAUAUUUGUGCAGACUCCUGGCCCCUACCAUUUGAUUUUUCCGCUUGAAGUCAAACUCUCAGAUACCAUUGGCAACGUGAAAGCAAAGCUGCUUAGUCAAUACGGUUAUGGGAAUGUGCUGAUCUUCAAUGAAAUGGUCCUUGACGAAGAUAAUGACACGCUUGCUGACUUCAACAUUACCAACGGAUCCACCCUCACAUGCAUUGGUAAAUCUGUGAAAUUGAUGGAAAUAUUUGUGAAUUCUUGCACAGGAAAGACCUUCUUUCUUUUGUCUACCCCACAGACACCAUCAUGA